GGCGCGGGGCGGGCGCGGAGCGGCUCCAAGCGCCAGCCCUGCGCGCUCCGCCGCCCUUCUCUGCGCCGCCGGACAACGCCAUGAAGCCGGCGGUGCUGGAAGUAAUGAGGAUGAACCGGGUCUGCAGGAUGGUCCUGGUCACUUCCGUGGGCUCCUUCAUCCUCGUCAUCUUCUAUUUCCAAAGUAUGUUGCACCCAGUAAUGCGUAGAAAUCCAUUCGGGAUGGACAUUUGCUGUCGGAAAGGAUCCAGAAGCCCACUCCAGGAAUUGUACAAUCCCACCCAGUUGUCCAACACGGCCAUCCUUCAUCAGAUCAGACGAGACCAAGUGACCGACACGUGCCGAGCCAACAGCGUGUCCAGCAGGAAGCGCCGCGUGCUGACCCCCAACGAUCUCAAGCACCUGGUGGUGGAUGAAGACCACGAGAUGAUCUAUUGCUACGUCCCCAAAGUGGCCUGCACCAACUGGAAGAGAGUCAUGAUGGUUUUGACGGGAAGAGGCAAAUACAGCGACCCCAUGGAAAUCCCGGCCAACGAAGCGCACGUGUCUUCGAACCUGAAGACCCUCAACCAGUACAGCAUCCCAGAGAUCAACCACCGCUUGAAAAACUACAUGAAGUUCCUGUUUGUCCGCGAGCCUUUCGAGAGGCUGGUGUCAGCCUACAGGAACAAGUUCACCCAGAAGUACAACACUUCCUUCCACAAGCGCUACGGCACCAAAAUCGUGCGGCGCCAGCGGAAAAACGCGACGCAGGAAGCGCUGCGSAAAGGCGACGACGUGAAAUUCGAAGAGUUUGUGGCGUAUCUCAUCGACCCGCACACCCAGAGAGAGGAGCCCUUCAACGAGCACUGGCAGACUGUGUACUCCCUCUGCCACCCCUGCCACAUCCACUACGACCUCAUAGGAAAGUACGAAACGCUCGAAGAGGAUUCCAAUUACGUUCUCCAGCUGGCGGGAGUUGGCAACUACCUGAGAUUCCCCACCUAUGCAAAGUCUACGAGAACUACUGAUGAAAUGACCACAGAGUUCUUCCAGAACAUCAGCUCCUUGCACCAAACGCAGCUCUACGAAGUCUACAAACUUGAUUUUUUAAUGUUUAAUUACUCAGUGCCAAGCUACCUGAAAUUGGAAUGAGGGAUGGGUUGGGGGGAAAGAGGGGAGAGAAAGCCUGUUUUAUUUAAGAUUUUUAUUUGUCAUAAUAAAUAUGGAGAAUGGGUUAUUUUGUAAAUUAAUAUUUUCUUUUUUUUGAAUGAUGCUGCGAGCAGCACAGUCAAAAUUAUUUAAAUCAACUGUAAGAAAGGACAGCUCUCUUUGCAGGGUAACGGGAUUGUGACGAUCUAGCUGUAGAAAUGGAUAAUACUGCUACACUGUUUAAACAAAUGUUAAUUGUGUUCUGUGACUUUCAUUGAUUCUUGCAUUCCUCCAAUUCUAAUUAAUGUUAUUUAUACUUAUUUAAAACAUUGUCUCUUGGUAGGUUUCACUUCAGCAGCAGAGAUAAGAUAACAUGUGGACAAAAGGAGUCUGGUUUUGUGCUUUCCUCGACUGAGUUUGUUCUGGGUAAUAAUAUUCUUCCAUUAGCCAUUGAUGCAGGUAAAUCUGGGAAUGGGUCUGGAUACCACACACUUUGAGAAAAGUUCUUUAGAAAGUGGUGUUGCACUCAGUACUAGUACAAAAUCUAUCUUUCUAGGCCUGAAAAGGAAAAGUAAAAGAGAUUUGGAGAGAUUCAUGACAUGUAAAACCCAUGACUGAAAGAAAUGUGAAUGUAUUCCUUAGGAAGAGAAACCAUGAACGUUUUAUAAGUCUUAAUGAAUUUAUGAAGAGUAUGACCAGUCCCCUUGUCUCUCAGUUUGAAGCCUGCCAGCCCAAAUCAAUUGGGGAUGGUCCAACAGAAAAAAAAAAAAAAAAAAUCAGCAUUUGGAAAGUGACUGGAAGAGAUUUUUGAAUGCCCAAAGCGAUCGGCAUUGACUUAAUUCAUAUCCAGGAUGGGGCUGCAGGGACCUCCAUCCUCUUCAAGUYGUGCCUCCCUGAUCAAUCUUAAAACUGAUCAAACUUGGGCAACCCCAAGUGGCUGUGGAGACAUCGGUCACGACACGUUGCUAUAAACSAUCUGGGCAUGUCAUUAAAAAAAUCAAAAAGUCAUCAUGUUGAUUCUCUAAGCAUGCAUGGCAAUAAAAAGGGUCUCAUCUUCCCACGUGCUGGUUUCAUGGCUCUUUCCUAGGGUGGAGAAGCAGCCUUCUUUUUUAGUUGAUGCCUACAUGAAGGGGAUUUUUUUAAGUUCCAGUGGGUUAGAAAUUCAUCGAAGUCAGCUCUAGUGAAAGCCCAUGAGCUUUUUUUUCUCAAGGGGAGUAUCUCAGUAGCAGUUGUUUUGUGUUUAGCAGCUUUUGGGGAUGGCAGAUUGUUUUGGGGAAGGAAACKGUAAUUUAUACACAGCAGAUAAAGWAUGAAAARUGGGAUUUCAGUGAGGAUUUGUUAGCUAGCUAGUGGGAGCAGAAGUUUUUGCACAUUUUUGCUUCAGUCAGAGGCAGGUGAGGUGUUUGGCCUGGGGAAUGCUCUGCAGCCACCUCAGCUGAUGGGCUAAAUUGAAGCACUUGUGAAAAUCUAAAGAUCUGUUUUAAAGCUGAUAGAUGGUUAAAAAUGGGGGGUUUAAAUUGCCUGCGUGUCAAUCUUCUUCUCAAAACCAACCCUGUCAAAAAUUACUGAUGAUUUAAAUAAAUUCAGCUGAAGGCAGAGCUGUUCUAACAAUAUCAGAGUCAGAUCCUGAAAAAUGUCGUAUUGUACAGUAGCCAGUAAUAUCCACUGAAUUAUAUUCGUUUCCAGGACACAGAUGUGAUUAAAGAAGAAAAAUAGUUCRCAUUUUAUUUGAUAAAAGUAACUUGCUGAAUAAAUCUCAUUGAAAAACAAAAUUAACGUAACAAGCAGCAGCUGAAGUCUUUUCACAAUUGGAUUUGGUCUUUAGGCAGAAUUCAGGUCAUUGUUUUUUCUAUCACACCAUACAAAUAAAUCCCUCAUCCAUUCUGGAACAGCCACAGUUUCCAUAACCCAGUCCCUAUUUCCCCAGCAAAGGGCUGGCUGUGUCUGACCCCUCCCAAUUCCUGAUCCAUUCCCAGUUUGAUGUUUGUAUGUUUGGUUAAAAAACAAACUGUCUGAGGCAAAUUCCCCUUCUCCUCCCCAAAAACUUCCUACAAGCUCUUUGUGUGCCAGUUUGCUCUUCCAUCCCACAGCUCUCAUAUUUUGGUCCAGUUUUCUCCUCAGUUAGCUGUUAAUCCCUUCCAACAGAAUGUGAUGAGUUUGGUUUUGUUUUUU